AUGAGAUUCAAUCCGAACUUCAUCUCUCCCGCCGACAUCGUUAAUGUUCGCCCCGAAGCCGGCGGAGAUCAAACGGAACUGGUAUCCAACCACAGAAACUUGACCGUCAGCCUCCGACGAGACGCCGCAGACGUGCUGCCCAGCACCAUCCUCGUCAGCCACGGCCGCAAGAGGGAUGCCGUCACCAUGGUUCUGAACCGCACGAUCCGCGUGCCCGACAACAACGACACCAGCCUGCUCCCCCCGAGCCUCGGCCAUUUCCCCCUCUUCAAGAUCGCCGACUACGCCGAAAAACUGCCCCAAGACCUCACCAGCAAGGGCGGCAUCUUCUUCCCCAUGUACCAGCGCGAGGCCAUGUGGAUCUCCUUCUCAGCAGAAGCUCCGUUCGCCCUCAAGAUGUACGUCGGCGGCGUCAACGCGGUGUCGGGCUUCCCCAUGACGGAGAACGACAAGACUAGGGAGAAGAGGGAGAAGAUGCUCAGCAGCGGCAAGUCCAUCCAGGACUACCUGGUCCUCCCCGAGCAGCCUUGGCUCGACGGCAUCGUCACCGAGGACGGCAAGAUCCGCCAGUUCGUCGCCGAGCCCAAGGGCAACGGCUUCUCCGUGGAGGCCCAGGUCACCGGCGAGGAGAAGGUGGGAGGCAUCCAGAUCGAAAUCAUCCCCAUCAAGAGACACUUUCCGGCCCAGUUCGACGUCCGCUACGAGGACAAGGAACAGAAGGUCAUCGUUCGCACCUUCAACCUCGCCGAGAAGGGCCUCACGCGGGACAGCACGUGGGAGGAUGUCAGGGAGCGCGUCCGAGACGAGUUCGACAUUCCCAUGGAAGAGCAGGUUCUCUGCAACUACAACGUGAACCCCACUGGAAAGUCACCUUUUGAACCUGACAUGCACUUUAUUCACGACGUCCAGCUUGGGGAUGACUACUUCCCGCCCAGACCCUUCACCCUCGGAGUCGAGCAUAGGCCUUUCAGGCCGAACGUUAGAUCCUUUGCGAGAGGAAGGGCAGCCUUCACGACCAUGUCCGCCUCCGCAGCUUCCCCGAUGGCUGCGGCCGUCUCGGACGUGGAGAGCGCACCCGCGCCCGCGAGCGUCAAGGAAAUGGGGCUCGCCGCCGGAGGUCUCAUCACGCAGGAUAUCAUUCCUGACCCGCACCCUGCCGACGUGUGGGAUGUCGAGGCUUCGGUCAUGUUGAAUAUUUCCAUCCUGGACACCGACUCGUUUGCUGCCGUCACCGGCCAGCCGGCUCCGAACACCCCCGUCAGCGCCAAGGACUACGCUCAACACGGCUGGCCUUUCUUCGAGCUGUGGGGAAAGGAGUCCGGCGGCAUCAAGGGCGAGUUCAAGGAGGUGAAGAGCGUGGCACAGUUGAUGCGGGAGAAGGCCGAGGCCGAGGGCAGGGAGUUCACGGAGGAGGAGACUGUGGCUUUUCGGGUCGCGCGCAUCGGACCCUUCAGGAGCACCUUCCGUCCUGUGCCGAUCAUGUGCCAGCAUAUUGGUUUGAGGUGA